AUGGGUGCCGCACCACAUACGGCGCAUGAAGCCGCCCUUGAGCGCCGUCAGGCCCUCAUGGGUAAGAGCGGUGCUCGAGCGAUUCUGACCAACUUCAAAGUCUUUCGGAUUGCGGCUUUCGCUUGUAUAGGAGGAGUUCUUUAUGGCUACAAUCAAGGAAUGUUUUCUGGCAUUCUGGCCAUGCCUUCUUUCGGCAAGCAUACGGAUGGGUAUAUUGAUAAACCAUCGCUGAAGGGCUGGCUCACGGCUAUUCUCGAGCUUGGAGCAUGGUUCGGAGCACUAUCGUCUGGUAUUCUUGCUGAAAUCCUGUCCCGAAAAUAUGGCAUUCUUGUUGUCACGGGUGUCUUCAUUCUUGGUGUUAUUAUCCAAGCCACUUCGAUUGCCGGCGGUGUGAAUCCAAUCCUUGCUGUUGGUGGCCUAAGUAUGAUUGUUCCACUAUACGUCUCGGAGUGCGCGCCUCCCGAGGUUCGAGGUGCCCUAGUAGCUCUUCAGCAACUUGCAAUUACCUUUGGAAUCAUGAUCAGCUUUUGGAUUGAUUAUGGAUGUAAUUAUAUCGGAGGAACAACCGUUGAGACCCAAAAGGACGCGGCUUGGCUCGUCCCAAUUUGUCUUCAAAUUCUCCCGGCUGUUAUCCUCUUUGUUGGAAUGAUUUGGAUGCCCUUCUCCCCUCGUUGGCUCAUCCACCACGAUCGCGAAGAGGAAGCCCGUGCGAACCUGGCGAGUCUGCGUGAACUUUCGCCAGAUCACGAACUUAUCCAGCUUGAGUUCCUGGAGAUAAAGGCUCAGUCUCUUUUCGAAAAGAGGAGCAUUGCUGAAAAGUUUCCAACUUUACAGCAGCAAACAGCUAUCAACACCAUUAAACUGCAGUUUGCGGCUAUCAAGUCCCUAUUCGAGUCGAAGGCUAUGUUUCGAAGAGUAGUGGUCGCUACGGUGACUAUGUUCUUCCAACAAUGGACUGGAAUCAAUGCUGUUUUAUAUUACGCCCCGUCUAUCUUUUCGCAGCUUGGGCUCUCAUCGAACACAACUAGCCUUCUCGCGACAGGUGUCGUCGGUAUAGUAAUGUUCAUCGCCACCAUUCCUGCCGUGCUUUGGAUCGAUAGAUUGGGUCGUAAGCCGGUACUUACCAUCGGUGCUAUUGGCAUGGCUCUUUGCCACUUCAUCAUUGCCGUCAUUCUUGCACGCAACAUCGACCACUUUGAUAGCCAUCAGAGUGCUGGAUGGGCUGCCGUUGUCAUGGUUUGGCUUUUUGUGGUUCACUUUGGAUACAGUUGGGGACCUUGUGCUUGGAUCAUCAUCGCCGAAGUGUGGCCCUUGUCCACUCGACCAUAUGGCGUAAGCUUGGGCGCAUCUAGCAACUGGAUGAAUAAUUUCAUUGUUGGGCAAGUCACGCCGGACAUGCUCAGUGGAAUCACCUACGGCACCUACAUCAUAUUUGGACUACUUACCUCCAUGGGUGCUGCAUUUAUAUGGUUCUUUACACCGGAGACCAAGCGCCUUUCGCUUGAGGAGAUGGACAUUAUCUUUGGGUCUGAGGGCACGGCACAGGCAGACACAGAGAGGAUGCUGGAGAUUAAUAGGGAGAUAGGCUUAAGCGCCUUGUUGGAGGGGAACUUGUCCCCAAUCGCAGAAGACGAGACCAAAUCCCACGUGGACGAGAAGAGCGCCGAGUUGGCAGCCUGA